GGCGCCAUAUUUAAUACAUCAAAAGCUAGCUAGAAUUGACGUGUUUACAAGCCCUAACUUUUAACUUGAGACGGAAAACUAAAGCAAGCCCUCAACUUAAUCAAAAAUGAAUGUUAUAGAUCAUGUACGGGAUAUGGCUGCCGCUGGCCUUCACUCUAAUGUUCGGAUAAUGAGCAGUUUGUUGCUGACGAUGAGUAAUAACAACCCUGAGCUGCUCUCGCCGACCCAGAAGUACCAGUUGUUGGUUUACCACGCUGAUUCCAUCUUCCAUGAUAAGGAGUAUCGUAAUGCCGCCUGUAAAUACAGUAUGGCAUUGCAACAGAAGAAGGUGCUCAGCAAAACGUCUAAAGUCCGUACUUCUACUGGUGGCGCUGCAUCUAACAUACAGGCACAGAGUUUGCCCUCCGAAAUUGAGGUAAAGUACAAGAUUGCUGAAUGCUACACCAUUUUGAAACUGGAUAAAGAUGCCAUUGCAGUGCUGGAUGGGAUCCCGUCCAGACAGAGGACUCCAAAGAUCAAUAUGAUGCUAGCUAACCUGUACAGGAAAGCUGGUCAGGAGCGCUCUGCAGUGACGAGCUACAAAGAGGUCCUCCGACAUUGUCCCCUCGCCCUGGAUGCAAUCAUUGGUCUUCUCUCUUUAUCAGUCAAAGGAGCUGAAGUGGCAUCCAUGACAAUGGAUGUGAUCCAGAGCAUCCCCAACCUGGACUGGCUCUCCGUUUGGAUCAAAGCGUAUGCCUUCAUACACGCCGGGGACAAUCAAAGAGCCAUCAACACCAUUUGCUCUCUUGAAAAGAAGUCUCUGUUGCGGGACAACGUGGACCUCCUGGUGAGCCUGGCGGAUGUCUACUUUAGGGCAGGUGACACCAAGAACGCCAUCCUGAAAUUUGAACAAGCCCAGAUGCUGGACCCGUACCUCAUCAAAGGGAUGGAUGUUUACGGCUACCUGAUGGCCCGCGAAGGACACCUGGAGGACGUUGAAGUCCUCGGGGGGCGAUUGUUUAACAUCUCAGACCAGCAUGCAGAACCCUGGGUCAUCUCGGGUUGUCACAGCUUUUAUAGCAAGCGUUACUCCAGAGCCCUGUACCUGGGAGCGAAGGCCAUCCAGCUGAACAGCAACAGUGUCCAGGCUCUCCUCCUGAAGGGGGCAGCCCUGCGGAACAUGGGUCGUGUUCAAGAAGCCAUCAUCCAUUUCAGGGAGGCCAUGCGCUUGGCUCCCUGCAGGCUCGACUGCUAUGAAGGUCUGAUUGACUGUUACCUGGCGUCCAAUGGGAUUCGAGAGGCUAUGGGGAUGGCCAAUAACAUCUAUAAGACUCUGGGGGCCAAUGCACAAACUCUGACCAUCCUUGCCACGGUGUGCCUGGAGGACCCGGUGACUCAGGAGAAAGCCAAAACCCUGCUGGACAAAGCUCUGGCCCAGAGACCCGACUACACCAAGGCUGUGGUCAAGAAGGCCGAACUGCUCAGUCGGGAACAGAAACACGAAGAAGGGAUCGCUCUCCUCCGGAACGCCCUGGCCAAUCAGAGUGAUUGUGUCCUGCACAGAAUGCUGGGAGAUUUCCUGGUGGCUGUCAACGAUUACCAAAAAGAUGAGAAUUUUGUGCCCCCCCCCCCUCCUAACUGUCAGUUUGUGCAUUUACAUUUUUUUUCUUUUCCCAGCCUGGAUCCCAAUGACCAGAAGUCUUUAGAAGGCAUGCAGAAGAUGGAGAAGGAGGAGAGCCCCACAGACGCCACGGUGGAGCUGGACGGUGACGACAUGGAGGGCAGCGGGGAGGACGGCGAUCUGGAGGGCAGCGACAGCGAAGCGGCACAGUGGGCCGAUCAGGAACAGUGGUUUGGUAUGCAGUGACCCCCCCCCCUCCCUCCCCCCCGGCCACUGAAGGAUACACAGCCACUUCUAACACACGGCAGCCCGCGGGGAGGCUCUCAGCCAUCGGUGUCGUCAAACAGGACAAGGUGGCCUCUGAUGCUAUCUCUCCCCUUCACUGUGGAGUCUCUAUACAGCUGUCCAAUACACUCUUUAACAGGACCAGCAGACACUCAACCACAAAGAGAAUCAACACCUCCAUUGCUCAAUAUUUGUGAAAAUGACAUCAUAUCUCUGACUCAACUUUGGCUUUUUUAUAUUUUCAUCUUUGCUGGCUGCCUGAAUAUAUGCACCACUGUACCCGGUAGCGCAAAGUACAACUUUAAGGUAAAUAUAUUCAUCACAAAGUGAGUGUCAGUGUGUUAAAAUAAAAUAAGACCGGCUUUGGAUCUUUUUUGGGGGAGGUUGAGUUGUUCAGUAUACUGGUGUGCUGUUCCCAGGCAAAAAUAUGUACCGGGAAACGUAGACCACAGCAAUUGUCCGAAACAAAUCGUGCGAUUUGGAGAUUUUGUUGAGGCCAUAAGUGUCCGGAGUUGUCCUUCACAUGUAACAGGAGGGACUGUGGUUUUGUUUGCUGCAGAGAAGGCAAGUUGUAGAUCACAACGAAGGUUGUGAAUUUGCCAAAACCUUUUGUCUCCGACAGGCAAACGGGGGUCUGUUGAAAAAGUGACUAUGUACCACAUUUCCGCUGCUCUUUAAAAAUAUAUCCUCUUAAUUUGGAA